GUCCUGCAACUGGGCUUGGGGCUCAAAGUCCCCACUGCAGCAAACACAUCUUGUGCAUGCUAUUUCAAGCUACCGUUUGCUAGACUCUCGUCUUGCCUUCCAGAGUACUCGCUGCUUGAUAAAGUCUUCUAGCCGCUCUCCUUCGGCGUGGCUGAUCAUCUGGCCCGUCUUUACCGAGCUCCGCCGAUUUAUUCUGUUUUUGCUUUCGGUCAAGUCUCCGCAGAAACUUGCAACUCCAAGCUGUAGAAGGGCAGGGCUUAGGACAAGCUGGUCGAGCAUAGCACUCUCAAUAUACGCCUCUGGUACCGCGUUAGCAACGGAGUUCCCCAUUUUCCCAGGCUUUAGUACGAGCCCGUUCUGGCCGGGGAGAGGGGAGAGGAACGAUGACCACUCCCAGCAGACCUCGCAGGAAGGCAACGAGAAGGAAUUAUGCCGUGGAUGCUGGUGAAGGUGAAGAGGGCGAAGAGGGAACUGUCGACGACGGUCAGAAUGGACAGGAGCCAGCGCCAGACACACCGCUCCAGGCAAAUAGCGCUCAGUCAGCUCCAUCAACCUCGCAGCCGGACCCAGAAGCACAGGCGGAGGACUUGGAUGCUCAGCAUCCAGCGCUAGUAAAGCUGCUGGAACUCCUCAACAAAGCAUUAGAAGAAAAAGCGCUCGUGCCGUUCACCCCGGAGUUGAUGUUGGAGGUCAACAGCAGUUUCGCGGCGGAGGCUGACACGCCAUCCAAAUCGGUCUUGAAGAAACGCGGAAGACCUGGGAAGAAAAGAGUAGAGCAGAGUGAAACCAAUGGGGCGGAGGGGGGCGCUGACAGUGCAGGACAGGCCGGGGCAGAGAGUACUGGCGUUGAAGCGGAGACACCAAAGGAGCCUUCAACACCGCAGCCAGCCAAACGUGGGCGCGGGGAAGAGAAAGCAACCGAGACGGUAGGAACAGCCGCUGGGGGGGAGCAGGCCAGCGUGGACACUUCAGUCGAAGAUCAGGUCACAAAUACGGGUACUGCCAAGAAGAAGAUUGGGCGGCCCAGCACGAAGAAGACAAAAGCAAAGCCUGGGAAUAAGAAGGGCGCAGCCGCAGAGGACCCAGAUUGUGAUCCUGCUAAUGGCGAUGUCGAUGUGCCUGAAAGUGGAUCGGCGAGCGCACAAAGUCAGGUCAGGAAGAAGAGGGGAAGGCCCAGUAAAAAAGAGAUCCAAGCACGCGAAGCACAGGCGGCGGCGGAAGCUGUUGGUGGGGACGAAGAGGAACACAAUGGGCAUACAACAGUUGGCGCGAAAAAGCCAGCAAAGCGGAAAGCAGCAUCAAGCCUACCCACGAAAGCCAGCAAGAAAGCCAAGGUCGUCGAGGAAGUGGAGGUUGUUCGGUACGUGCUGCCCAUUCGAAUGGACAACGGGCGAUUCAAGUGCUGCGUUCCCUCUUGCGAUAAAGACUUCCUCAAUGUUGUUGGGAUUCGCUACCACUUCGGAAACCAUGUGCAUGAUGUGUUGGACUUUCUGCGAUGGGCGUAUCCCGUCGAAAGCACACCGGCUGCAACCGAACAGCCUAGAGAAGGCGCCGUGCACAAUGAUGCGUCUGCGGCUCCCGGAGGCGAUACAGAGGUUGGCGGGCCAGCCACCGUGUCAGCAGACGGGCCUUCUGCCGAUAUCGAUCUUACUGCUGAUCCACCAAGCGGCGGCCCGGCCACACAAGACGCCAACCAGGAAUCGUCUGCAUCCGAAGAAAAAGGCGUCAGAGCGGACGUAAUAGCUCUCUACGACGAGAUCCCAUUCGACUCCUGGCCGAUAUCCAUCGAUACCUACGAGACCUACAUCCCACGAGCGAAGAAGCCCACCACGCUUGCCUUCCAGAUGGGUGUCUCGAAAGAGCGCAUCGCCCGACUAAGAGAAAAGCAGAAGGAAGUAAUUUCACUGGAGAGGAAGAAAAGGCUUCCUCUGAAGAAUUUGCGCGAGAAGACCACUGUGUCGAGCCCUGUGGCGUCUGUCAAGAAGUUGCGCGGGGAGACCGCCACGUCGAGCCCUGUGGGGUCACCAAAGGGGAAAGGAAUCAGACAAGGCGAUUUAUGGAUUUCUUACUUGCCGCAUCCGCAAAUGAAAGAUGAGGAAGAGGAGUCGGUGGUGCGAUCGGCGUUACCUGACAUCACGCCUGCGCCGAUAUAUCUCAGAGAUUUCGAACUUGUUUCUGACGACAAAGGGGUCGAAUACCUACCCGCCAAAGGACCAGUGAACAUCAAAAUCAACCUGGGCGGCACGGCCGGCGACCCUUUUACGCUCGCAAAGUUCGAGACUGUACCCUGUUCUAACAAGCGUGGCAGUAGGAAACGCGUCUUGUGUUAUGCCGGCGGGUCCGUUUGGGGCUUGGAUUGGUGUCCGUUGCCUGAGGAUGCUUCAACUCAGUACCUGGCGGUCGGCGGCUACAAAAUGACCAUUGAGGAGCACCACGUCCUAAGUGCAAAGCAGGACGCGAAGAGCGGCGCCGACGCGAAAGGGUGCAUCCAGAUCUGGAACCCCGGACAUCUCAGCGAUGACAAAACGACGGUAUCGGAAUCGGACACAGCUUCUCCCAUGCUCGAUAUGUGUAUACUGCACGAGUACGGAUGCGUGUUUGACAUUAAGUGGGCGCCGGCGGGACAUUAUCAGGACCCAAAUUUGGACGCAGGCACUGGGACAUUACCGCAACUGGGGAUCUUCGCUGUCACAUUCGGAGACGGAAGCCUGAGGCUCUUGCAGAUACCGCAUCCAUCAGCCAUGCGGAGAUCUUUGUCAAUUGCACCCGAUCAGACAUUAUAUGUGAAGGCGAAUACCUAUUUACUCACAGCAUCCAUGCCUGACGCCACGUUCUCGAAGUUGGCAUGGAAUGGCCCGGACAUGCUCGCUAGCACGUGCAGCAAUGGUGCGAUCGCCCUCUGGUCUCUCAGGGAAGCAAUUGAGCGGAAACGAGCGGCAUUCGAGGAGAGUGCAAUGUAUGUUGAUGGCAGCGAUGGGUCGCCUGAAGAUGACCCAGAGCCCCUAGCCUACAUCCUCGCCCACGAAGCCAACAUAACAGCCCUUGAAUUCACCGGCCCAUACCGCGGGCGCAUCGGCCAAUCUCUCCUCACCUCUGGCGCCGACGGGCGUCUCCUCACGCGCGACAUCCGCGAUCCCUGGAGCUCCGCACUUCUUACCCGCUUCCCCAUGGUUAUGGCCGCCAUGACGUACGUGCCGAUGGAAAAUCGCAUCGUCUUCGCGGAUAGUGAGAACGUGCUCCGGACGAUGCGCGUAGGCGAGGAAGCGAAGAAUCCUAGCAAGAAGGAGAACAAGGAUGAUGGUGAUGAUGCCGGAGCGUAUCACCGGCAGAGGACCAGUUACAUCGCAGCGCAUCAAGCGUGUAUAUGGCAUGUGAAGCGGUCGGAUCAUCUACCUUUCGUAUGCAGUGGCAGUGCUGAUGGAUCUGUGACUGUCUCCACUGUGCGACGGACUGGAGCUAAUAGAUUUCACAAACCGGUCCAGGUUUUUCUCUACCGGCUAGAAUAUGAUCAGCCGUCGGACACAUUCACUCUCUUCGACGACCUGAAUCCUCAGAUUGUUGCAGACAACCCACGGACUGUGCCCAUCAACUUUUUCGGCCCUGAAAUCGCGAUCCAGAAGGUGGCGUGGAACCCCAACGUCAACGCAUCUUCCUGGAUCGCUUCUGCGGGGACUGCCGGGUUGGUGAGGAUCGAGACCUGUUUCAAGUUCAUGUGAUGUGCAACACGCACAAUCACCCACAUACAUACGCUUAUUGCACAUUGUACAUAUCAUUGCGCUCUUGCGCCACGCAUCUAUCUUAUGCUCUGGUUGCUGUACAUACUCACUGCUUCAUUCUUAACACGAGCGGAAUCAAACGCAUAUCUUCAUACCUGCAGCGUGUUGGGAAC